GCCGCCGGUGGCGGCGCGCCGCCCGCCGCGGGCCCGAGCUGCGCUCUGAAGGCCGGCAAGACGGCGGGCGGCGCAGGCGAGGUGGUGCGCUGUCUGUCCGAGCAAAGCGUGGCCAUCUCGCGCUGCGCCGGCGGUGCCGGGGCGCGCCUGCCCGCUCUGCUCGACGAGCAGCAGGUGAACGUGCUGCUCUACGACAUGAACGGCUGCUACUCGCGCCUCAAGGAGUUGGUUCCCACCCUGCCCCAGAACCGCAAGGUGAGCAAGGUGGAGAUCCUCCAGCACGUCAUCGACUACAUCAGGGACCUGCAGUUGGAGCUGAACUCCGAGUCCGAGGUCGGCACCACCGGGAGCCGAGGGCUGCCGGUCCGGGCUCCGCUUAGCACUCUCAACGGCGAGAUCAGCGCCCUGGCGGCCGAGGCGGCUUGUGUUCCAGCGGACGAUCGCAUCUUGUGUCGCUGAGGCUCCGCUCUCAGGGACCGGCGGGCCCCAGUCUUCCAGGGGGCAAAGAGGAAUAUGUGUUCUUUGGACCCCCGAGGCGCCUCGCCCGAGCUGGGGGAAAGCGAGAUAGAUACGGCGGGGCCUGGGCCCUUGCUGGAUCCGGCCGAGGGUUGGGGGGCCGUCUGGAGAGGACGACCCUCGUGCCACAUACCAGCCACCAGAGACUGAGGGGGGAGAGGGGUCCCCCUAUGUGUUUCUAUUUUUUGAAAAACAGACAUUUUAAAAAAUGGUCACGUUUGGUGCUUCUCAGAUUUCUGAGGAAAUUGCUUUGUAUUGUAUAUUACAAUGAUCACUGACUGAGAAUAUUGUUUUACAAUAGUUCUGUGGGGCUGUUUCUUUAUUGUUGUUGUUGUUGUUAUUAAACAAAUACUUUUGAUGGU